AUGUGGCCAAUUUGGAGGCAACUGCUCAGUCCACGCGACGCCUAUGGCGCUGAGCAAACGCUGCUCCUGUUCACCUAUCUGCUGGGUCUGACGCCCUUCCGGCUAAGAGGCCAGGCGAUGCGACACUUUGAACUUUGUCGUCUGGGCUAUCUGAAUGCCCUGCUUCAGCUGGCCUUCUUUGGCUAUUGCUUUCUGGCUGCCCUCGUCCAGCAGCAGAGCAUUGUAGGCUACUUCUUCAACUCACCCAUCUCUCAGGUGGGCGACUCCCUGCAGAAGUUCAUUGGCAUGACCGGCAUGUUCACCCUCUUCCUGUGCUGUGGCCUGCGCGUGCGACUUCUGAUACGUCUUUGCGAUAUGAUAGCCGGCAUCGACGAUCACCUGCUCAACGUGGGCAUUUGCUUUAAUUACGGCCGAAUUAUGAGCCUGCGGCAUACAAAGCUUUUCCUCAUGUCUGGCGUGCAGUUCGCCUAUCUGACCAGCUCCCUGUACAUGCUGCUCUCUAAUGAUGUGAGGCCCACCUACACAGUGGCCGUUGCCUUCUAUGUGCCUCAGGUAUUCCUGCUGAGCAUUGUCCUGCUCUUCGGAGCUAUUCUGCAUCGGUGCUGGCAACAUUUUGAUGCAUUGAAUAAGGUGCUUAAGAACUUGGCUCAUCAGUGGGACACGCGCAGCAUUAAGGCCGUCCAGAAGCAACGCUCACUGCAGUGCUUGGACUCCUUCUCGAUGUACACGAUUGUAACCAAGGAUCCGUCUGAGAUCAUACAGGAGUCUAUGGAGAUACAUCACUUGAUCUGUGAGGCAGCUGCCACGGCAAACAAAUACUUUACCUAUCAACUACUCACGAUCAUUUCGAUUGCCUUCUUGAUCAUCGUCUUUGAUGCUUACUACGUGCUCGAAACGCUGCUGGGCAAAUCGAAGCGCGAGAGCAAAUUUAAGACCGUCGAAUUCGUGACAUUCUUCUCAUGCCAAAUGAUAUUGUAUUUGAUAGCGAUCGUCUCCAUUGUCGAGGGCAGCAAUAGGGCUAUAAAAAAGAGCGAAAAAACUGGCGCCAUUGUGCACUCGCUGCUCAACAAAACCAAGUGCGUAGAAGUGAGAGACAAGCUGCAACAGUUCUCCAUGCAAUUGAUGCAUCUGAAGAUCAACUUUACAGCCGCUGGACUCUUUAAUAUUGAUCGUACUCUCUACUUUACGAUCAGCGGCGCUUUGACCACGUAUCUCAUUAUUUUACUCCAAUUCACAUCUAAUUCGCCCAGCAAUGAGAAUGGAUUCGACUGCUGUGAGGCGUAUCAUAAUAUAUCGAAUCACACAGUUUAG